UGACCAAUAAACAUGCUCUACGUUAAUUACAAUCUAAUACCCAUACUUCUAACAGCCGCCCUCAAAUUGAUGAAGCUGACGCAACAUCAAUUUGUGCGCCAGAAACCAAUGACGAGCCGUACCAACUGGUUUAGUCAACAGGUCUACAGUCUGUUCCUCCGAAGUUACAUACGACAAUGCCACUAUGCCUUCAGAAACCAACUGACAAAUGUAGUGCACAUGAACCUCAAUAUGUUUCGUGUGAUCGUGAAGGACAGGAUUAGUGGCAAUCCGGAUAGCACUAGUGUUGUCACCAUACAGCCGCAUAGGAGUAGGACACUCCACUCCAAGAUCCAACAACAACCGUCGAAGCCAGACAAGUUCCGAAGUGACUUCUGACAUCGAACAAUAUUCAGCUUCAGUUGACGACUUAGAUACUCGUUCCUGCUUCUUACAUCGCCACCAAAUGAAGGACUGGCGUACCUUCACACACCACCCGGAUGUAGAACGUCGAGUAUCCAAGCAACCUGCAUAGUCUGCAUCUGCAAAUGCCUCUAUAGUCAACGCACCGGAAGCGGGAAAGAAUAAUCCGACCUUCCGAAGGUUAAUUACAAUCUAAUACCCAGACUUCUAACACGAGACGCUCAUGAAUAGCUCGGCUCAUUAACCCUAAUUUGGACAUACAAAUUACAAUACAAAAAGACCUUUAGCGACGAACUUUUUGCGACGGAUACGUGAUUUGUCACGUAAGUUCAGUUUUCUGCGACAGUAAUUUUUGCGGUCGUCGAUUGUCAUUGUUUACCACAUGCAUAAUGUGAGAUAUUACAUACUAGCUUUAGAGACGAUACUUUACCUAUUGGCGACGACAUAAUUCGUCGCAUAGCAUUUGUUAAGAUUGAGCGACGAAAUGGAUUAGCCAGGCAUUGAAUUGGCCGAAUGAACCAAGUUCUGGUGCUUUUGUCGCAAAGACUCAUGGAGUAUUAUCGUUGCUGAAACUUUUGGUAAAUUGCAAGUUUGAUCAUUGCGAAUUACUAUACAAUUUCACGUUUAUCACUAAAAUUAAUUUAUUCUAUUCGUAGUCACUUAACUUUCUGUUACCCUCCGUCAAAUUUCGUUAACACCGUUAGUUUAUUGCUAACGUGGCUAACAGAAAUGUCUAGUCAUCCACUUCAAACCAAAAAAAUUCAAAACCCCACCCGCCACGUCAGAAAAACCAACCCUUUACCCAACCCAAGCCGGACCCGACCCUAUUCUCUCCUCUCGCCUCUCUUCCCUUUCGUAAACCGCCGGAUUGAGAAGCCGGUGUCAAUCUGGGUUUUGGGUUCUUGUAAUCAGCUCAUUGACUCCAAAUCGCCGCGCCUUGAGACUUUGUUUUCUUCACGGCCUUAGCUGGCCCCAGUGGUUCCCUCACCCCCGUCCCUUCCAUCCUGCAGAACACGAAAAGCUCGUUUCCUACAUCCUAAUCGGCCUCCCAGCUUCCUACGAUAAGAGAUUCAUCGAGCCAAACAAAACAAAGACGAAGUACUCCAUCGUGAUUGGUGGUUAUAACUUUGGAAGUGGCUCAUCUCGCAAGCACGCUCUGGUUGCUCUAGGAGAUGUGGGGGUGGCGCAGUCGUACGCGAGGAUCUUUUCAGGAACUCGAUUGCUACUAGAGAAGUUUAUUCACUAGAGAGUGAGGUUAGGGUUUCCGAGGAGGGCAGGGCUGGCGAUGUGAUUAGGAUUGAGAUGGGAGAGAGCCGAUUGCUCAAUCACACAACCUAAAAGGAGUUCAAGUUGCAGCCAAUUGACGAUAUCGGUCCGGCUAUUGAGGCUUCGGGACCCUUUUGCUUCCUCGCUUCCGCCCAAUUAAUCUAUAAAGAACCCAAUCGAUGCGUCAACAUUAACCUCCAGCAACAUCUUCUUCCUUUCUGCCUGGUUGGUUUGUGGCCAUUAAUUCUGGGUUUGCUCGCCGAUGCCCCACUUUCACAAGAUCUUCUUCUCUUCCGCUCCACCUUUUUCAUUUCUCCACCAGCAGAGCAACGCUACUCUCCCCUAGGUUUGUCAGAAACCGGAGUUUCUUGUUGAUGUUGGAAGAUUUGAGUUCAAGAGAAGGGCGUCUGGAUCAAAUGAAGCGGAGGUCAGAGCGCUCCGGCGGAACUGGAGGCAGCUCGACCAUGCCGAAGUCACGCCAGGAGGGAGUCGAAGCCCUUGGAGUUGGGUCACCGGUUACCAGUAAUGGGUUGGGUGUUUAUGACGUGUCAGGUCGGAUUAAUUUUUUUUUUUUUUUGUUAAAUUCGGCUAACUCAGCAUUUAUGUUAGCCACGUCAGCAAAUAAUUGACGGCGGAGAGUGACCAAACUUGAACUGUGUAACUAAUUUGAGUGACUACAAAUGAUAUAAAUUAAUUUUAGUGCA